GCAGCCUCACUUGUCAAGUCCUUUCCGAGCUUCCACCUCUUCUUUCACUUCCAUCCCUCCUAUGAUGGAUCUGCACAUCCCCGCACACUCCCGCCACGUGGCCCAAGAGAAGCACCAGAUGCUAGACCUCAACCGCCGCCUGCAGAGCUACCUGGGCCGGGUCAAGCUCCUGGAGGAGGAGAACACGCUUUUGGCUCAAGAGAUCCAAACUCUGCGGUAUGGCCACCGCGGAGCCUCCGUGAGGGAGAAGAGCUUGAAGGAAGAUCUCCAUCGGGCCAGAGCGGAGCUGGACGAGGUCUGGAGGGAGCGGGUCUAUGCCCAGAUGGAGGUCUGCAGGAUGAGCAACGAAAUGCGGAAUGUGGAGCGGACCUGGCAGAAGGAGGCCCAGGAGCAAGUGGAGGUCAGGGCGAAGAUAGAGGUGAGCAGGAAGGAGUUGGAGGAGGAGCACGGGGCUCAGAGGUGGCUCAGCGAGAGAAUCAGCCAGCUGGAGCAGGAAAUGGAGCACCUGGUUCGGAACCACGAGGAAGACGUGGCCCACUUGGAGGUUACGCUGAGCCAUUCGGCACCACCGUGUUUCACUCCGACACCGGACUUGUUUCAACUGGAGAAGGAGCUCUGCCAGCGGGCCUCCAGGGCAUGGCAGGAGACGGCGGAAGCCUACCAGGGACAGCUAGACCAAUUGGAGGAGAGCCUGAAGGAGACCGGAGCCCGUUUGUGUGAGACGGAGCGCCACAAGAAUAAGUACCAGGCCCAGCUAUGGGCCCUGGAGAGAGAGAGGAUCUCUGAAGGGGAUGUUAAGACACAACUGGAGGAAACGGCGGUGCAGCAGAGGGAAGAACACAGACAGCAGAUAAACACACUUCAGGAGCACUGGGAGGGGCUAGAGAAGGAGAAGCACCAACUGGGCCAGCAGUUUGACCUUCUGGUGAAGGAGAACCGAGGCCUGCUCCAGCAGAAGAUGUCUCUGGGCCUGGAGGUGGUCACCUACAGAGCUUUGCUGGAUGGCGAGAGCCUGCGACGGGACGAUCUCGCUCUACUGAAAGAGUCCAGAAACAUUUCACUUAAAGAUGCGCCUGUGAAGCCUUUACGAGCGAAUUACCAACUACCUGCUCACUCUAAGACCCUCACGUCAGUCUGGAGACCACCUAUAACUUCAACGACGCCCUUGAGGAGCAAGCCCAUAACUGUCAGCCAGGCUCAGAAGGAUGAAGAUACAACAAUGCGAGAGGCCAAACAAGAAAGUCUGUAUCCCAAAAUACUGCAUAAUGGAGCCAUGGAAGAGUUCAGAGCGCAGGAGGUGGAUGAAAAAGUGAUUUACGCAGAGGCUCUAUCGUCUCCGGGUGAGGAGGAACGUGAGGAACGCCCUGCUGAAUGUACAGAUGGUGGUAAAGUGGAGGAACAUGGUAGGAGAAGUGAGGAAAAAGCAGCUGCCAGCUUUCUACUCGAGUCGGCAGCUCCGCCACUCACUAAGGAUAUCACUCAGUACAAGUCAGGAACCCAGGAACAGAAAACCGAAAUUCUGGAAGUGACAGAAGAAACCUUCAGUUCCUUGACAAGUGUUCCAGUUGAGGCAUGGAUGGAGGAAAAUAUGCAAGAGGAAAAAGCAGCUGACGGUUUUCAGCUCCGGUCAGGAGCUUCACUACUCACUAAGGAGAUUAGUAACCACCAAUCAAACACUCAGGAACUGACACCGGACAUUCUGGGAAUCACAGAGAAGACCAUCAGUUCCUCGGUUGUUGACUGCUAUCAGGAGCAGUCAACAUGUCUUCUGGUAGAGGAUAAAGCAGCCGUCGACUUUCAGCUACAGUUGGAAGCAAUGCCACUCACUGAGAAGAUCACGCAGCACCAAUCAAACAGUCAGGAACUGAAAUCAGAACUUCUGGGGAUGACAGAGGAUACCUUCAGUUCCUCGCCAAGUGUUCCGGUUGAGGUGCGUAUGGAGGAAGAUGAGCAGGAGGAAAAGUCAAGUUCUGGAACGGAAGCAUUACUGCAAGACACCCCGGAACCCAGUCGUCUGUUUUCCCAGUGUGAGUUCAACCCAGUGGACACUACUGAGAUCAGUCAGGAAAUAAUCUACUCCACCUUGGGAACGACUGUGAUGGAAGGAGUGGACGUGCUGUAUCCAGAUGGAGAAGAGAUGGACACAUGGGACAGUGUGAUUGAUAAGAAGGUCCAUGUUGAGUCAAGUGAACCCAAACAAGAAGCGAAAAGACAGUAUGCAGAACCAGAGGAGGACAUCUCAACAAGAAGGUCUGAGCCAAGCCGAGAGGAAAUGAAGAAGCAAAAAGAUGAGAUUCAGCUUCAACGUGAAGAGUUUUUGCCACAUCCUGAUGACAACGAUGAGGAUGAGGACUCCCAAAACGUCUCUGUGUCGUGGAGGACCGAGCUGGAGAGCGACAGCUACGCUCAGGAGAACACGCUGGCUGACACUCGUCCGCUCAUCAGGUACACCAGCGACGAGAUGGACGCCAACACACAAGCGUCCCAUGUGGAUGAGAGCGAGUCCAGUGAUGGUGAGCAAGACGGGAAGAUUGGAGAGUUGGGUGGAACUGCCUGGAGAGAGAGCACAAACAAAAACUUUGGAACCAUGGAGGAUCUUUGUGAGGAAGUUGAAGAAGAGGUGUUAGAAUAUGAUCUGGAAUAUUCUCACACCGACCUGGAAGCUUCUGGACUGGAAAAAGAAACCUCGAAAGUCAGUGAGGACAAUUUGAAUAAAGAAGUAGCUGCAGAUGUGGAUAAUGUGGAGCUUGAGACUGACCAACUUGUGGAGCAGGAAUUGGAGAACCUAUCCACCGACAGAUACGCUUUCCACUUUGCUCAAGCGUUGGCCGAUGAGAGCCAUGUGGUGCUUCCUGAGGAUGAGGAUCAUGGAAUGAUGACCAUGGAACAAGAAAUCGUCAUGGAAUCCGACGUCCAAGUCACACGCAAACUGGAGCUUAGGGACACCAGGCAGCUUCAGAGGUGGCAGGAGUUGCAGGAGGAGAUGAAGAUUAAAGAAGAAGCCCUCACGGAAUAUGAUGUCCAAGUGGAACGUGAACAGAACCGAAGGAGUUCCACGCAGCCUCAGUGGGACUCUCUGGAUAAUGAUGCCAAGGAAAAGGUGGAAGAGAAGGAGGUCCAAGAUGGAAUAAUGAUGAGGGAACAAGAAGUAAUCACAGAAUCUGAUGUCCAAGUGGAAUGCAAGUUGGACUUAAUGGAUUCUGUGCGGCCUCAGAGGUGGCAGGAGGUGGAAGAGGAGGAGGUGGUCCUGGAUGGAAUGAUUAAGAUGGAAGAAGUCAUCACAGAAUCUGAUGUCCAAGUGGAAUGUGACCAGAACAUUAGAGAUUCCAUGCAGCCUCAGUUCUACUCUCAGGCUCAUGACGCCAAAGAAAAGGUGGAAGAGGAGGAGAUGCAAUAUAGAAUAAUGAACAUGGAAGAAGAAGUCCUCACAGAAUCUCAUGUCCAAGUGGAACGUGAUCUUGAUUUUGAAGAUUCCAUGCAGCUUCAGUUGGACUCUCAGGCUCGUUAUGCCAAAGAAAAGGCAGAAGAAAAGGAGAUCCAAGAUGCAAUCAUUACCAUGGAUCAAGAAAUCAUCACAGAAUCGGGCAUCCAAGUGGAACGUGAGCUGUACCGCAGGGAUUUGGCUACGCCUCAGUUAGACACUGUGGACGAUGAGGAGAAGGUCCUGGAUGAAAUAAUAACUGUGGAACAAGAAAAGGGCGACAAGGGGAAAUUGCCAUCCGGCAGGGAUACUUAUCUCCAUGGAGAAGACAAUAUGGACCUUGGCGAUUCCAUCGUGUCUCAAUUGGACAUUACGGAUAAUGAGGAGUUGGAAAAGAUGGAAGAGAAGGAGGCCCAGGAUAGAGUGAUGAAAAUUGAAGAAAUCAUCACAAAAUGUGAUGUCCAAGUGGAACGUGAACAGGACCUUAUGGAUUCCAUGCAGCCUCAGUUGGACACCCAGGCUCGUGAUGCCAAAGAAAAGGUGGAAGAGGAGGAGCUCCAAAAUGCAAUAAUGACCAUGAAACAACAAGUCAUCACGGAAUCGGGCAUCCAAGUGGAACGUGACCUGGACCAGAGGGAUUUGGCUCCGCCUCAAUUAGACACUGUGGAUGAUGAGGAGAAGGUCCUGGAUGAAAUAAUGACCAUGGAACAAGAAGAGGAUGACAAGCGGAAAUUGCCAUCAUGCGUGGAUCCUGAUCUCCAUAGAGAAGGCAAUCUGGACCUCGGGGAUACAAUCGUGCCUCAGUUGGACACACUGGAUGAUGAGGAGAUGGAAGAGCAGGAGGUCCAGGAUGGAAUGAUAAUGACAAAAAAAGAAGAGGCCAAUAGAGUGAUUUUUCCAUCACACAUGGAUCCCGAUUUCCAGGUAGAAGAAAACCUGGACCUAGGGAAUUUUGUGCAGCCUCAGUUGGACACACCAGAUGAAGAUUUGGAAGAGGUCCAGAAUGGAAUAAAACAAAAAGAGGAACAGAAAGUGUACAUGCUGUCCUGCAGAGAAUCUAAUGUCCAAGUGGAAAGGAAUCUGGACUUGGUGCAGCCUCAAGUGGACUCUCCAGAUGACUCAGUGGAAGAGAUGGAAGAAAAAGAGGUUCAAGAUGGAAUGUUGAGCAUGGAGCAAGAAGAGGCUAACAAAGUGAACCUGCCAUACAUGGAUCCUGAUGUCCAAGUAGAAGACAAUCUCAACCUCAGGCAUUGCAUCCCGGCUCAAUUGGACUCUCCGGAUGACUUUGUGGAGGAAGUCAAGGAUGAAAUGUUGAAACAAGAAGAAGCAGAGAAACUUUACCUGCUGUCCUGCAUGGAAUCUGUUGUUCAAGUGGAACGCAAUCUGGAGUUGGUGCAGCCUCAAGUGGACUCUCCAGAUGAUGACUCAGUGGAAGAGAUGGAAGAAAAAGAGGUUCAAGAUGGAAUGUUGAGCAUGGAGCAAGAAGAGGCUAACAAAGUGAACCUGCCAUACAUGGAUCCUGAUGUCCAAGUAGAAGACAAUCUCAACCUCAGGCAUUGCAUCCCGGCUCAAUUGGACUCUCCGGAUGACUUUGUGGAGGAAGUCAAGGAGGAAAUGUUGAAACAAGAAGAAGCAGAGAAACUUUACCUGCUGUCCUGCAUGGAAUCUGUUGUUCAAGUGGAACGCAAUCUGGAGUUGGUGCAGCCUCAAGUGGACUCUCCAGAUGAUGACUCAGUGGAAGAGAUGGAAGAAAAAGAGGUUCAAGAUGGAAUGUUGAGCAUGGAGCAAGAAGAGGCUAACAAAGUGAACCUGCCAUACAUGGAUCCUGAUGUCCAAGUAGAAGACAAUCUCAACCUCAGGCAUUGCAUCCCGGCUCAAUUGGACUCUCCGGAUGACUUUGUGGAGGAAGUCAAGGAGGAAAUGUUGAAACAAGAAGAAGCAGAGAAACUUUACCUGCUGUCCUGCAUGGAAUCUGUUGUUCAAGUGGAACGCAAUCUGGAGUUGGUGCAGCCUCAACUGGACUCUCCAGAUGAUGACUCAGUGGAAGAGAUGGAAGAAAAAGAGGUUGAAGAUGGAAUGUUGACCAUGGAGCAAGAAGAGGCUGACAAAGUGAACCUGCCAUACAUGGAUCCUGAUGUCCAAGUAGAAGACAAUCUCAACCUCAGGGAUUGCAUCCCGCCUCAAUUGGACUCUCCGGAUGACUUUGUGGAGGAGGUCAAGGAUGAAAUGUUGAAACAAGAAGAAGCAGAGAAACUUUACCUGCUGUCCUGCAUGGAAUCUGUUGUUCAAGUGCAACGCAAUCUGGAGUUGGUGCAGCCUCAACUGGACUCUCCAGAUGAUGACUCAGUGGAAGAGAUGGAAGAAAAAGAGGUUGAAGAUGGAAUGUUGACCAUGGAGCAAGAAGAGGCUGACAAAGUGAACCUGCCAUACAUGGAUCCUGAUGUCCAAGUAGAAGACAAUCUCAACCUCAGGGAUUGCAUCCCGCCUCAAUUGGACUCUCCAGAUGACUUUGUGGAGGAGGUCAAGGAUGAAAUGUUGAAACAAGAAGAAGCAGAGAAACUUUACCUGCUGUCCUGCAUGGAAUCUGUUGUUCAAGUGCAACGCAAUCUGGAGUUGGUGCAGCCUCAACUGGACUCUCCAGAUGAUGACUCAGUGGAAGAGAUGGAAGAAAAAGAGGUUGAAGAUGGAAUGUUGACCAUGGAAGAGCAGGAGGUCCAGGAUGGAAUGAUAAUGACAAAAAAAGAAGAGGCCAAUAGAGUGAUUUUGCCAUCACACAUGGAUCCCGAUUUCCAGGUAGAAGAAAACCUGGACCUAGGGAAUUUUGUGCAGCCUCAGUUGGACACACCAGAUGAAGAUUUGGAAGAGGUCCAGAAUGGAAUAAAACAAAAAGAGGAACAGAAAGUGUACAUGCUGUCCUGCAGAGAAUCUAAUGUCCAAGUGGAAAGCAAUCUGGACUUGGUGCAGCCUCAAGUGGACUCUCCAGAUGAUGACUCAGUGGAAGAGAUGGAAGAAAAAGAGGUUCAAGAUGGAAUGUUGAGCAUGGAGCAAGAAGAGGCUAACAAAGUGAACCUGCCAUACAUGGAUCCUGAUGUCCAAGUAGAAGACAAUCUCAACUUCAGGGAUUUCAUCCUGCCUCAAUUGGAUUGUCCGGAUGACUUUGCAGAGGAGGUCAAGGAUGAAAUGUUGAAAAAAGAAGAAGCAGAUAAACUUUACCUGCUCUCCUGCAUGGAAUCUGUUGUUCAAGUGGAACGCAAUCUGAACUUGUUGCAGCCUCAGCUGGACUCUCCAGAUGACGAGGAGAAAGUCCAAGAUAAAAUAAUGACCAAGGAAGAGGAAGUGGCCAACAAUGUGAACUUUCCAUUCUGUAUGGAUCCAAAUGUCCAAGUGGAAGACAAUCUGGACCUCAGGGAUUUCAUCCAGCCUAAACUAGACUCUCCAGAUGACUAUGUGAAGGAUGUCCAGGAUGUAACGAUAAACCAAGAAGAUGCCAUCAAGAUGAAUUUACCAGUCUGCAUAGAUACUGAUCUCCAGAUUGAAGACAAUCUAGGCCUCAGGGAUAUCGUCCAGCCUCAGUUGGGCUCUCCAGACAAGAAAGAUACAGAUGAUGAGGUGGUUCAGGAGGUCUCAGAAGCUCCAGAGAAAAGGGAGGACGAGUUUGAGCUCAACGUUUCAAUGGUGACGCAUUCUGAUGAAACCUUUAGUGAGUUUCUCUGUGGCCCCGACGUGCAAGAAGAAGACAAAGAAGAAGAGUGUCUGGAGAAGCCACAGUCUGAAUAUCAAAACCAAGAAAGUCUCCUCCAACAAUAUACUUUUUCCGUGAUAGAAGAUGUUGCUGGCCAUCUGGCAGAUGAAUGGAAUGUCCUGGGGAAGACCAGUGAGGACAUUGACAUCAGACAUCCAAAAGAUCAAAGAGACUCUGUUGUGAGUCAUUUUCGUGAGGAAAGAGGCGAUGGCGAGAGUUCCUCCACAUUUGACGAGGACCCCGUUGAAAUCUCCACGGAGACGUUGCCCGAGGAAACCGUCAUCAUUGCUAUGAAGCACUCAUCGUCGGAAUUCCACAAAACCAAUGGCAAAGACAAGCGGGACUUUUGGGCCUCGUCCUUGAAAGUGGACGCUGCUUAUAGAUCAGACAUCCCCACGGUAACGUCCGCGAUUCACGACGUGGAGUUCGGCAGCGACCUGGACUGGGGGAAGGCGGUCAACGGGAGUUCUGCACACGAAUGCGCCGCUAAGAAGGAGGAGCACGUGACAGGGGUGUCCGUGCAUUCCGAUGAGUCGGAAGUUGAAGGAGGAGCCUGGUCUUCCGGGGACGAAUAGUCCAGUCUACAAGAACGCGGGUGUUUUUGUAAAUUGUAGGAAUUUAGUCUUUGAAAACAUUAUCACAGUUGUCUGUCUGGAGUGUCUGCCCAUCCAUCAAGUUUCAAAUCCAACAAAGUCAAUCUUUUAUUAUCUUAACAUUGCUGAAAAUAUGUCUGUGAGGGAGACAUUCUGAAUGUAGCUGUAUUGUGAAGCCCCAACUAGGGCUCAUUUCCAUAAUACCACCCCAAACCAAGUUUCUCUGGGGCAGGGCGAGCAGUGGCUCACUUGCAUGACACAGGGCCGCCCCCACAAAACAGGCUAAUUUCAGCGAGCUGGAAAAAAAAGGUUGUGUAUGUAAUUGUUAGUCAUUUCGAGGAAAACAUGUUACAAACCACCAUGUUAUUAUGACACCUGGAAAUUCUUUCAAAUUGUGAAAAAGCCCAUAAUAUAUCUCCUUUUGUACCCAUACUCCAGUACAAUACAGUGAACGUGGUUCAGUGAUAGUUUUUGUGGGUUUUUACAGUAUGCAACAAAUUCAAAUUGAGAGUUUUGCACCUUCAGUGUAGUACCAAGUUGCUCCACAACAUGCUGAGCAUCACUGAGCUCUACUGGAAGACACGCAAGCACACUUCGCCUCUGAAUUGGAGAACUGGGGUGAGACUACUCUUUUCCUUUCCUCAAAUUGAUGUUAUACAAUAAAUAGCCUACCCCAUUUCUUGACAGCGAGGGGAAUAAGUGUAAUUUCAUAAGUUUUAACACAUUUACAUCUGUUAAAAGUGUGUGGGAGGAGUAAAACUCUACAAACGGGGGUUCACUGUAUUAAGUAUAGAGUAAGAUGCAAUGAAAAUGUAUUAUUAUAUAUUAUGUACCGCUAUACAAAUUUUAAUCACUCAAGGGAAUUUGAUUUAAUAAUUUGAAUUGACCAAAACAUCUCGAAUUUGCAAUUUUAUGACUAUAUUAAUAAAAUUAAGCACAUGGUUAUGCUAAAAGUGAUGCUACAUGCUAAACAAAAAAAAAGGCUGCCAUGCUAAUGAUCCACGUUUGUUAAAGGUUUACAAUUGUGUCUGUUUCCCAAGCAAAAAGCACACUUUUUGUAUCAUUAGCAUUAGCAUAUUGUUAGCAUCACGUGUUGCCAGUCUUUAUAUAUAUAUGAUCCACUUAGUUGUUACAGCGCCACCUGUUGAACCAUUGUUUUAAAACAUCCGCACCCUCGUCUUGCCUCGCCACCACCACCACCAACGUGCCAAUCUUAUGCGUCCAAGUUGUUUGCUGGAUGUUUGCCGCGUCUCCUGUUAGCUUCCGCGCUGAUCUUAGUCCUUCAAGUGAACCGUUGAUCAGCUCUUAUUGAUCCAUUUCACUUCCUGGAAGAGAUCAAUAUGAACGGAUCAUGCUCAUGACUGAUUGAUUGUCAUGUAACCAAAAACUCAUGCAGAUGGGAAAUAUUUGUUUUUUGACCAAUAAACAUGUUUUUUUUUUUUUU